CCGGGCUCCACGCUUCUCUCGUCAAUACGUUAGUCUCCGCCUUGUCGGGGUUUAGCCCACGCAACGAAUCUCGGUCAGUUCGUAAGUUCUAACGAAAUGGUUUGAUGGUUACACAAGGCCGUACAGUCACCUCAGCGCGCUGUCAGUGAAGGCCGGUCACACUCCAACUCGCCUCCCUGUACGCAGUUGCAGGCUUCUCUAAGUCACCACCAUGUCUGCUGAAGUUGUAACAUGUGCCGUCGGUAUAUUCGACUGCGCGGUUAAAGACGAUGACGCAACUUGUGCUCCCUACAAUGACAAAUACUGGAGCCUCCAGUCGUCUGAGUGGAUGCUGGUCUUUGGCUUCAUCGUUAUGGCAGGGAUGGCCUGGCAGGUCGGCGCCAACGACGUUGCGAAUGCGUUCGGUACUAGUGUCGGCUCUAGAGCCAUCAACUGCAGAACGGCAUGCUUGAUGGGGGGCGCGGCGAACUGGUUGGGCGCCGUGACACUGGGCUACGGUGUGUCAAGCACAAUUCAGAGCGGUGUGGCUAAAGUUUCUGACGAAAACUGCUGGGCUUGCGGGUAUUGUGAUAGCCAGAUCAGUGUCUACGCACUCGGUAUGCUUGCAGCUCUAUUCGGUGGAGCUUUCUUCAUGUUUGCGGUAACUCACUACGCGAUGCCUGUGAGUACAACACAUGCGACCGUCGGAGGCAUCAUUGGCGUCACGACUAUCGGCGUAGGAGGGCAUUGUUUAAACUGGGACUUUGAAAAUGGACUGGCCGGCAUUGUGUCGUCUUGGGCAACGUCCCCUGUGCUAUCAGGCAUUGCUGGGAUUAUCAUCUACCUGGGGACACACUAUACAAUCAUGGGCUCCAAGCACAAGGUGCGCAACGCACUAUGGUCAGUGCCAAUUUUGUACGGAUUGUCGACAUUCUUCGUCUUCUUCAUGAUCUUCCUCGACGCAAUAGCCACCCAGAGUCUAAACAAAGGUAUCAUGGCGGGUGCUAGUGCUGCCUGUAGCUUAGUAGUCGCUGGUAUUACGCAGAUCUUUCUCGUACCUUAUAUCCGUGAGCGAUUGCCGUCGAAGACAGGAAAUUUCUUGGUUGAAGAUGAAGAGGACGAUGAGGACUUAUACGAGCAGCAUUCGUUGGUCAUGACGCCAGAUAUCAACGGAGACAAGGUCCCUACUAUUGUCGAAGAUGGCAGUCGUCUAUCAGACUCGAGUGUCAUGAGUGAGGCGGAUGCGCAUCUAUUCGCCGAAAUGGGCAGGCUAACCGGGGAGGAGAAAGAUGCCAUGUUCAUUUUUCGUUACCUUCUCGUCAUGGUGGCAACACUCGAAUCUUUCGCCCAUGGCGCCAACGAUACUGCGAAUGCUACUGCUCCUGUGGCCGCAUUAUUUAACAUCUACGAUAACGGAUUUGGCGGUUGCUCCAACCUCGAUACUCCAGUGUGGAUCAUGGCCAUUGCUGGCUGCUUCGUGUGUCUUGGUAUUAUAUUCCAAGGUGCACCAGUCAUGGAGACAAUCGGUAAACGUAUCUCUCACGUAGAUAUGCACCGCGGCUUCGCAAUGGAGUUAUCAUCGACCGUGACAGUCGUGAUCGCUACAUUACUGAAGCUGCCAGUAUCCACGACACACUGCGAGGUUGGCUCGGUCGUUUUUGUUAGUCUCAUCAAUCCUGGAUGGCGGAAGAUGUCAUUUCCAAUGAUGGGGAAGAUUUUUCUGAGCUGGCUGCUCACAGUGCCCACUGCCGGUGUAAUCUCUGCCUUCUUGACGAUGAUCUUUCGCUCAUAUGUCCGGAACUGACUUACGUUGAUUAGGAGACUUUGGCUCAGAGUCUAGCAUCCAGCUUGUUUUGUGAAAGUGCAGACUUCGCACCGUUUUGGUCCAAGUACUGUACAUGUAGCGUUUUACUCCAUCUUUCGCUUCCUCUGAAGCUUCAGAUGGCUUUGAUUGCUCAAAUCAUAAAAAAAAAAACUGCAUGAAUGUUGACUGGGU